GCGAAUGACGACAAGCCACCGCCUUACAAAUCGUUUGUGAAGGAAGAUGACAAAAUCCAUGACAAGGCAGAAUCGGAUACUUUCGGUGAAGAUGAAAACAAGGAACGUGGAAAUUGGAGCGGAAAACUGGACUUCAUCUUAUCCUGUAUUGGAUUUGCAGUCGGUCUUGGGAACGUAUGGCGAUUUCCAUACAAGUGUUACGACAAUGGCGGAGGUGCUUUCCUAAUUCCCUAUACCCUGAUGUUGGCCCUGGCUGGACUACCGUUAUUUUUCAUGGAACUGUCAUUUGGCCAGUUUUCAUCUCUAGGACCAAUUACAAUCUGGAAAAUUAGCCCACUGUUCAAAGGUAUCGGUUACUGUAUGGUGAUCAUUUCCAUAUUGGUGGACAUCUACUACAACGUCAUCAUUGGCUGGUCAUUCUACUUUCUGUUCCGGUCCUUUACCUCUGUGUUACCAUGGUCACACUGUGAUAACGACUGGAACACCGAAAUGUGUGUGGAGAUCGGAAACCUAAAUUCCAGCCGGGUACAAAAUAUCACAGAUAAACUUUGUCAAGUCGCUCUCAAGGCCAAUCCGCUAGCUAAUUGCUCAGUUCCCAAGUUUUCCACCCCUAGCGAAGAGUUUUGGAAACGUCACGUGUUGAACCAAACAGACGGUCUUCACGAUAUCGGAACCUUACGCUGGCAAACCACGCUGUGUCUUAUACUCGCCUGGACAGUCAUCUUCCUCUGUUUAGCGAAGGGCGUGAAGUCAUCUGGCAAGGUUGUAUACUUUACCGCAACAUUUCCGUAUGUUGUUCUCCUGAUCUUGUUAGUUCGAGGUUGCACGCUAGAAGGCUCUUUGGAUGGAAUUAUAUUCUACCUGACCCCUAAAUGGGAGUACCUUCUUAGAGCCCAGACCUGGGCUGUGGCCGCUACACAGAUCUUCUACUCUCUGGGACCAGCUUUUGGUGGUCUGAUCACAAUGGCGUCUUACAAUCGCUUCAACAACAACUGCUACAGAGACGCUCUGAUCGUUGCUAUUCUGAACUGUGCCACGAGCGUAUUCGCGGGAUUUGUUAUCUUCUCGCUGAUUGGCUUCAUGGCUCGGAUGAUGAACAGAGAUCCUUCCAAAGUAGUAGAUCAGGGUCCAGGCCUGGCGUUCAUCGUGUACCCCGAGGGGAUCGCCCAGAUGCCCAUCUCGCCAUUGUGGUCAGUUCUCUUCUUCGCUAUGCUGCUGACACUUGGGGUGGGCAGUCAGUUUGUGAUGGUGGAGAACGUAAUCAGCGCUAUCGUAGACGAGUACCCGGUACUGAGAACCAGGAAGACGUGGGUGACGCUGGUCACGUGUGUGGUUAUGUGUCUGCUAGGCCUCCCAAUUUGUACACAGGGUGGAAUCUAUCUAUUUGUUCUCAUGGAGAAUUACACGGCCGGAUUCUCACUGCUCACUGUCGCUUUUCUUGAGUGUGUUGUGCUAUGUUGGGUCUACGGCUACAAUAAUUUUGCUGCCGAUAUAGAAAUGAUGUUAGGAUUCAAACCAAACAUUUUCUGGAGAAUCUGUUGGUCGUUCCUCACUCCUGCAAUUUUGUUGGCCAUAAUGGUGUUCUCCUUCGUCCAGUACGCACCGUCCGUCUAUAACGAGUAUGUGUUCCCGGCCUGGGGAGAAGCCAUCGGCUGGCUUAUGAUGUUCUGCUCCAUUGUCCUCAUCCCUGCCUUUAUGGUCACCCAGUACUGCCGGUCUGUCGGAUUUGUUCAGUCGUGCUCUAAAGUAGUGACCCAUAGGAGCGACUGGGGACCGGCUUUAGAAAAGCACCGGGCGUUGGACCUUAGGUAUAAAGCUCCUCUGGGAACAGACGCGUGCGCCAUGGGGCAGAAAUCGAAGUCCGAUGCAACAGUUGAGAGAACGAGCAAGGAGAUGAAGGAUGUGCUUGAGACAGACUAUGGUAAAGACAAUCUUACGUUUGCAAAUGAUCACUUGUGAAGUUGAGGCACGUCCUGGAUCGUCAGCGGUAAAGCAAGCAUCAUUGGAAGUUGGAAAUGUGAGGCAGAUGUAGUAUGGAAGAGAAUGCAGACAUUUCUAUGCAUGGAUGCAGAGGGCCGCUUGUGAAGUUCCGGAACAUAAAACAUCAGGAGGUAGAAUGUUUUGGAACAUUUAAUAACUAGCAUAACCAUUUUUUUUUUACACAAUUCUCAACUCACGUAAGAUUCGGCGGCAUGAUUGCCUGGAGUAGUCCUCUGCAUACUUAAGCAUCAAGUACGAAUUUAACUCACUACACACUGUCCAAUUAUCCUAGACUCGAGGUCAUAAUACUCUUCAAUCAGGGCCGAAUAAACAACCACAGAAAAACAUCUUGAUAAGAAAAGAAAUCUAAAACAUCACAGAUCCAGAUUUCUAUCAAAAUAGUGUAACUAAAUUAAGCACUCCGCCAUGAUAUUUUUAACUUUUGGUGUUUAAUCUUUUCUGAUGUUUUUAUCAUUCGAGUUUAAGCUUCCGUGAUAUUUCUAAUAACUGGUCUCUAUUAAACCAUGUAGAUAAUCGGGAACGUAGUCUUCCAUGGGAAUGAUCACGAAUAAGAAAUCAAUAAGAAGUAUUGGCAUUUAAGAAGGUUUUAUGCUGAGUCCAUGACUUUUAAUUUUGCUCAUGAACAACAAUCAUCCCAGAACAUGUUUUUCUGAGAACCAUUCACUAAUAUCUUGUCUAAAUUUUAACCAUAGAAUUUACAUAGUUUACAACCUUUUUUAAUGCGAAGAAAGUCGAAUUCUUAUAUUUCGUAACAUGACAAAGACCAGAAAAAAUAACUACCAUAUUCUCUCUCUGCACUAAACAAAAAUCUCGGAGGACCAAAUUUUGGGUGUUCUGUUUCAUAUCAAGACCAACACCCUGACCUCCGUCAUAUCAAUGACAAGAUCUUGAGCUUUCCCGUCAACCACAAAUCAAAUAAACCAUUAAAUAAAAACAAGAAUAUCUUCAAAAGAUUGUUUAGUUAACACUAGAAAUGUUAAUUACAAGUUAUUUAAGCCGUUUCUUAGGGUGCUAUUUUCUCGCCAGAACGUGUAUUAAUGUUUUAUUGAUAUAUGUUUAAAACCUCAUUUUCCUACAUAUACUUUAUUUGGGUUUUAUACAUCCAUUCAAAUAUGUCCAAGAACCUCUUCUUAUAGAGGCGUGUUGAUUUUUGUGCCUGUGUUUAUUAUAAAGAGUUCUCGUCUCCCUACGUGUGUCAUUCGCAGAUGACUCGUGAUAGGAACAAUUCACAGCCACGUAAGCGCCAACCAUUCUUUAAAUAAUCUCAUUCGAAAA